UUAUAAUUUAGUAAUGUAAUUAAAGAUGUUAAUUGAAAAUUCCAGUGUACAAAAUUUUAUAACAUGUCUGAUGUUUCCUAUGAAUAAUGACAUCGUUACCUGAACCUAAGGAGACGAGUUUAGAAGUAGCGACUUUAAAGAAGGGUUUGUUGUGGCAACAAUGGGACCGAUUUUUCAGUCGGUGGAAAGAACGUUUCUUUAUACUCACGAGAGAUUAUCUGGCGUGUUUCAAAAAAGGAUCGAAAAUAGGAAUUUCAGAAAUGGGGAGUUUUUUAUAUAAGGUAAAUUUAGUAGAUGUUGAAGGACUCCAGUGGGUUGAUAAAAAACGUGAUGGAGUUAUAGCUUUGAAAGUUGGUCAGGAAGGUCAACUGUUGUUAUGGAGAACCAAAGGCCUGGAUGAUUGGAUGUUUGCAUUAAGAGAAGCUGUUAAUCGUAGUAAAGGACGUAGGGAAACCUUAAGGAAAGCUAACACUUUGGUACCUCAACUUUUGGAUGGUGGGCUGUGGAGACGACAUGGACUUUUUCUGCAGCAUACUUUAUCAGAUAGUCACAUGCAAGCCUCACUUGUUCAUCGAGAUACUUGUGUUGAACUUCAUGGUGAUUAUGAUGAUAUUAGACCUUUAGCAGAUAGACAUCCUACUCCUCAUAUGGCUAGACGUAUUCACAGAAUGUCUGUUUUAACUGACAUAGAUUUAACUGGGGAAACAGAUGUUUAUGAACCAUCAAGACCAGCAUUUGGUCCACGUUUGGCACCUCAGUGCAGCUCAGGAUCUUACAGUUCCUUGGUUUCUCUUGGAAAGUAUUCUGGAAAUAGUCAUCUUCAAAAACCUUCUCCUCACUCAUUACAAGUAUCACCAGCACUUACUCAACGAUCAUUGUAUGCACAGCAUGUCUUAUCAUCACCAGAAAUUACUCCACUUUUUGAAUCAAGAAAUUCAAAAUCAGCCAUGACCACUGCAACUUCAGAAUUUUGUUUUGUUCAUCCAGAUUCACCUAUUACAUCAUCAUCUAGCAGCACAACACAUUUGAGCAUGCCACAUUGCAAGCAAGAUUACCAGAGAUCUCAAUCAUUCAUUACAAAGCCCACAUCUCAUCCUUCUCUUCAUGACAUAUCCUCUCAAAAAACUGAAACAAGACCUAGCAGCAUUUAUGGACAACCUUCCUUGACUGUUGACAAAAUAGAAUUCUAUCACAAACCACCAGAUGUUGUACCCAUUGCAGAAGAAAAACAAAAUUCAAAGAGGUCAUCUGGAAGAUAUAUCCGCCCAUAUCUUCAUUCAAAAUCAGAUUCACUCUUUACAGCAGGUAAGUUAUCUGCUAGUGCCGAAAUUGUACCCAAAGAUUCUUUAGCACUGAGAUGAUUUAAACUGGUUCCCAAAAUGGAAAUAUUUAUGGGGCCAGAUGUUCUCAGGUGAUUUUAUGCAUAAUCACACAUUAUGUGCCACAAUUCUUUCAAUUUUUCAUUUAAAAGUAAAGCUCAUUUUUAAUAUUAUUGUCUACUUAGGAAUAAUUGAUUGGAAAAUGAUCUAUUUUUGUAUUCUUUUUUUUUAAUUAUAAAAAAGAAUACAAAAAUUCUUUUUUGAUAGUAAUAAUG